GCGCACGAAGGCUGCAGGCGUGGCGCAGACACUUCCGCCUUCCUCAAAAGCCCACAGAAAAUGACGGCGACUUUGCGGCCAUACCUGAACGCUGUGCGGGCCACCCUGCAAGCAGCCCUGUGUUUGGAGAACUUCUCCUCUCAAGUGGUGGAACGGCACAACAAGCCAGAGGUGGAAGUUAGGAGCAGCAAAGAGUUGCUAUUGCAGCCGGUGGUAAUUAGCCGCAAUGACAAAGAGAAAGUUCUCAUAGAGGGCUCUAUUAACUCUGUGCGGGUCAGCAUCGCCGUCAAACAGGCGGAUGAGAUUGAGAAGAUCUUGUGCCACAAAUUCAUGCGUUUCAUGAUGAUGAGAGCGGAGAACUUCUUCAUUUUGCGGAGGAAACCUGUGGAGGGCUAUGACAUCAGUUUCCUCAUCACUAACUUCCACACGGAGCAGAUGUACAAGCAUAAGCUGGUGGACUUUGUCAUCCACUUCAUGGAGGAGAUCGACAAGGAGAUCAGUGAGAUGAAGCUGGCCGUCAACGCCCGUGCUCGUAUCGUCGCCGAGGAAUUCCUCAAAAACUUUUGAGGACCUGUUUCUGGAAUCAAUCGCUCCUGUGACUUGGCCGUCGCUGGGGUACCCAUGGAGAGAGAGAGAGAGAGAGAGAGAGAGAGAGAGAGAGAGAGAGAGAGAGAGAGAGAGAGAGAGAGAGAGAGAGAGGCAUCGCAGACUUCUACAGCUCAACAGACAAAAAGGGAGGAGCUUAUUGUGAGUUUAAGAAUCAAUCAGCAAAAAGAACCACUGGAACGAGUGACCAAUCCUGCGAUGCCGUAUGCAGUGUCCCCUUUGCCUUCCGUCUUCUGUUAAAGGUGCUUCUUGUUCCCAUUGAUAAUUGUAUAUUUAAACAAAACAAAUGACCCCUCAUUUUCUGUUCAGAGAAUAAAAAAAACACAAGGUCAAGGCAGGUCCUUAAGAAGUAUUAUCCAAAAUGACUAUUGAUGGGCACAGGAAAUACUUUCAACACGUUAAGUCCACAGUGGCUUGUAUUUCGUUUGUCUUUUAUAUACAUGUACUCCAAGUGUUUUUUUUUUUUUCUCCUUAAUUUUUUGUUAUAAAAAAGGAAUCAAACCUCAAUGUUAGUGGCAUCAAGAAAGGUAAUUAAAAAUAAAGUUAUGGGUGUUUAUAUUUUGACACAGCCAGCCUCUGAUGUAAUUACAGGUGGGAAGAAACGAUGCAUAAAAUGUAAUACUGAUGGUAGCGAUAAAACCAAUAAAAUUCUAUUGCGCUUUCUGUA